AUGAAGAUAAUUUCUCCAUUACUUGUGAUAUUUUGCUCUAUACUUGCUGUGAAAUCCAAAACAUGUCUUGGGAGCCAGGAAAAAUCAAUUAUAUCUGGUAUUAAAUCAGCCAUAAAGACAUUAGAAGAAAAGUUGGAAGGAAAAUCUCCGAGAUUUAGAGCAGGAUGGAAGGAAUACAAGGACCAUUGUUAUUUCUUUUCUUCUGGAACCAAACCCUGGCAUGAGGCAGAGGUAGAUUGUCGAAUUCUUGGAGGCUACCUUACACAAGUCACUGAUUCUACCGAAAAUUCAUGGAUUGUUACUAUGAUCACAAGUGAACAAGUGAAUCAGCAGAGCUACUGGAUGGGUGCAACUGAUUUCGUCGGAGGUGAUUGGGUGUGGAUGAAUGAUUUGUCUAAAGUAGUAUAUACCAAUUGGACAUGGGGUCAACCUGAUAAUUCAAAUGGCAUAGAAGACUGUGCUUUCUUUUCCGCUGAUAAAAACUACGAAUGGAGUGAUAAAUUGUGCACAGAAGAGAUUGCGUAUAUUUGUGAAAGCCAUCAGGGAUCUAAUUGUCUUCCAUACUCAAGACAGUUAAAUAUGAAAAAGAAUAUAAAGCCUGCUAUCAUUCCAAAGGCAGCAAGAAGGAAGUAA